GAGGUUUGUGUGACGUCACGCGAAGGAGGCGGGGCCUGUGUGUGAUGCCCAGGCAGAAGAAUACAAUAGAAAAGAAUCGAAUAGAAUUAGAAGAAAAUCGCAGCCAACAAAAUGCGACUUGACAGCGACGCUAUUCGUGUUGCGUAGCCGCUUCUGUGAGGGUAUUUGUGGACUAACUUGGUAGCUUCUUUGUGGACGGAAGAUUGCGGACCAGCUGCUCGCUUCUCCCCGCUAGCAUGCAGCUGCUAGUCGGCCUCUUCAUCAGCCAACGUCCGCCUGACUCGCCGCUUCUUAGCUUGUGCAAGUUGGCUUGAGUCAGGUCGGCUAACAUGACUUUAUACACUUCCAACUGCUAGCUAGUUUGUGACCUUGGACGCAGCAUCUUCACCAUGGCCGUCUGUUCAGGUGUCUACCUGCUCAUCUUCUCAGGAUGCGUCGCUGCCUCUCAGAGAAACCAAAACAUUUUUGUGUCUGGGAUUUCCAGCGCGUGCGGCGACUCGUCUGAGCUCUUGAGGGCGUCCAGCGGCGUCAUCACCAGCCCCGGUUGGCCCUUCCAGUACCCGCCUCGCCUGAACUGCAGCUGGAACAUCCGAGGCCGACCCGGGGACACCAUCACCCUCAGUUUCCAGGACUUUGAGCUGCAGAGUUCCCACCGCUGCUCGUCGGACUGGAUGUCCAUCAGCAGCUACAAGAACCUGGACGGACUGCGAGUGUGCGGCUCGUCCCUGCCGCCGCCUUACAUCUCGUCUCAAGACCACGUCUGGAUUCACUUCCGCUCUGACGAGGCUCUGACAGGAAAAGGUUUCCGACUGUCCUACGUCACGGGUAAGGCAGAUGUUUCCAGCUGUGACGUGGAUCACUUUCACUGCUCCAAUGGCAAGUGCAUCCCCGACUGGUGGCGCUGUAACUCCAUGGACGAGUGCGGUGACAAUUCCGACGAGGAUCUGUGCGUGGACUCGCCCUUCUCCUUCCAGCCCUGCAGCCUGAACCAGUUCCCCUGCUUGUCCCGCUACACCCGCAUCUACACUUGCCUGCCGCACAGUCUGCGCUGUGACGGCAGCAUAGACUGUCAGGAUCUGGGAGACGAGAUCGACUGCGACGUCCCCACCUGCGGCGAUUGGUUGAGGAACUUCUACGGCUCCUUCAGUUCUCCCAACUAUCCCGACUUCUACCCUCCAGGGAGUAACUGCACCUGGCUGAUUGACACCGGAGACCACAGGAAGGUCAUCCUGCGCUUCACCGACUUCAAACUGGACGGCACCGGCUACGGCGACUACGUGAAGGUCUACGACGGCCUGGAGGAGAACCCUCGCCGACUUCUCCGGGUGCUGACAGCUUUCGACUCCAGAGCGCCCCUGGUGGUGGUGUCGUCAUCCGGCCAGCUGCGAAUCCACUUUUACGCCGACAAGAUCAACGCCGCCAGAGGCUUCAACGUCACCUACCAGGUGGACGGCUUCUGCCUGCCCUGGGAGCUCCCCUGCGGGGGCAACUGGGGCUGCUACACGGAGCAGCAGCGCUGUGACGGCUACUGGCACUGCCCCAACGGCCGCGACGAGCUCAACUGUUCCACGUGUCAGGAGGAGGAGUUCCCCUGUUCCAGGAACGGAGCCUGUUAUCCUCGAUCGGACCGCUGCAACUACCAGAACCGCUGCCCCAACGGUUCUGAUGAGAAGAACUGCUUCUUCUGCCAGCCCGGAAACUUCCACUGCAAGAAUAACCGCUGCGUGUUCGAGUCCUGGGUCUGUGACGCUCAGGACGACUGCGGCGACGGCAGCGACGAGGAAAGUUGUCCCGUGGUGGUUCCCACCCGAGUCAUCACGGCCGCCGUCAUCGGCAGCCUGGUCUGCGGCCUCCUGCUGGUCAUCGCGCUGGGCUGCACCUGCAAACUCUACUCGCUGCGCAUGUUCGAGCGCAGGUCCUUCGAGACCCAGCUGUCCAGGGUGGAGGCGGAGCUGCUGCGGAGAGAAGCCCCGCCCUCAUACGGCCAGCUCAUAGCUCAGGGUUUGAUCCCGCCUGUGGAGGACUUCCCCGUGUGCUCGGGGAACCAGGCGUCCGUUUUGGAAAACCUCCGCCUGGCAGUUCGCUCUCAGCUCGGCUUCACCACGCUGCGCCUCCCUUCUGCCUGUCGCCAUAGCAACCUGUGGCGCAGUAUCUUCAACUUCUCUCGGUCUCGACAGUCGGCGUCUUUGGCUCUGGUCUCUGCGGACCUGGAGGACAGUGCCGGUACUGGGAGCUCCGGAUCAGACCUGCUGUCCCCGGACUCUGACGAUACGGACACGGAGAGCGAUAGGGGGAGGGAACGCGUGAUCGGUGCGGUGGCUGGACCUGUUGCCCCCCUUCCCCACAAGACCCCACCCUCCAGUUCAGUAGCUAUGAUGCUCUCCACCACCCCCAUCAACCUGCCGGACACUUCUAGAGCGACGCCAUCCCCCGCCGGCCCGGUCACCAUGGUAACCGCCAAUCCGGACGCGAUAUGCCACAGCGACUCCUCCGAGGUCCGAGCUCCAUCCACAUCUGGCCUACAGCGUCUGGCCCAGAGCCUGCGCCAGCUGGCCAGGAACCUGCUGGGAAGCAGCCAGAACCCCGCCUGGACCAAUCAUAGUCCGCUGCGCCAACUGGACACGGGAAGAACCAGGACAGAGUCCACGGAGCGGCGAGGCAGCGAGGAGGAUGAGGAAGACGUGGAGCUUCUGAUCCCAGAUUCGGACUCGUCCUCUUUGCUCGGCGGAGUCCGACAACCCCUUUUAGAGCCCGCGCUCUCCCCCGACACAGCCCGAGCUCCGCGCCAACACCGUGCCAACGGCACGCAAGCGGGGCGGGAUGGUCCUUGCGAACACUGCGGAAAGGUUCACACCGCUCGCAUCCCGGACGCGUGCCUGGAGUUUGGCGGCAAGACGGAAAGCAGCGACGAUGAGCUGCUGCAGCUGUGCUAGCAGGCUAACUACCGUGUUAAUAGCUGAUUAGCAUGUUAGCUUGUGUUCUACCUGGACCAGGGCUUUUCAAAGUGUGAUGCAGCAGAAACAUGUUUUGCACAUGCUAAGCUAACUUCCGCUAACUUGAAUUGGACAAUAAUGGAAGAUGAGUUCACUUGGCUCCCCAGGUACCAACAUCAGACUACAUGUAACCUAGUAGUACUUGGCUCCCCAGGUACCAACAUCAGACUACAUGUAACCUAGUAGUACUUGGCUCCCCAGGUAACAACAUCAGACUACAUGUAACCUAGUAGUACUUGGCUCCCCAGGUACCAACAUCAGACUACAUGUAACCUAGUAGUACUUGGCUCCCCAGGUACCAACAUCAGACUACAUGGAACCUAGUAGUACUUGGCUCCCCAGGUAACAACAUCAGACUACAUGUAACCUAGUAGUACUUAGCUCCCCAGGUACCAACAUCAGACUACAUGGAACCUAGUAGUACUUGGCUCCCCAGGUACCGACAUCAGACUACAUGGAACCUAGUAGUACUUGGCUCCCCAGGUACCAACAUCAGACUACAUGUAACCUAGUAGUACUUGGCUCGCCAGGUACCAACAUCAGACUACAUGUAACCUAGUAGUACUUGGCUCCCCAGGUACCAACAUCAGACUACAUGUAACCUAGUAGUACUUGGCUCCCCAGGUACCAACAUCAGACUACAUGGAACCUAGUAGUACUUGGCUCCCCAGGUACCAACAUCAGACUACAUGUAACCUAGUAGUACUUGGCUCCCCAGGUACCAACAUCAGACUACAUGGAACCUAGUAGUACUUGGCUCCCCAGGUACCGACAUCAGACUACAUGGAACCUAGUAGUACUUGGCUCCCCAGGUACCAACAUCAGACUACAUGUAACCUAGUAGUACUUGGCUCGCCAGGUACCAACAUCAGACUACAUGUAACCUAGUAGUACUUGGCUCCCCAGGUACCAACAUCAGACUACAUGUAACCUAGUAGUACUUGGCUCCCCAGGUACCAACAUCAGACUACAUGUAACCUAGUAGUACUUGGCUCGCCAGGUACCAACAUCAGACUACAUGGAACCUAGUAGUACUUGGCUCCCCAGGUACCAACAUCAGACUACAUGGAACCUAGUAGUACUUGGCUCCCGAGGUACCGACAUCAGACUACAUGGAACCUAGUAGUACUUGGCUCCCCAGGUACCGACAUCAGACUACGUGUAACCUAGUAGUACUUGGCUCCCCAGGUACCAACAUCAGACUACAUGUAACCUAGUAGUUCUUGGCCCCCCAGGUACCAACAUCAGACUACAUGUAACCUAGUAGUACUUGGCUCCCCAGGUACCAACAUCAGACUACAUGGAACCUAGUAGUACUUGGCUCCCCAGGUACCAACAUCAGACUACAUGGAACCUAGUAGUACUUGGCUCCCGAGGUACCGACAUCAGACUACAUGGAACCUAGUAGUACUUGGCUCCCCAGGUACCGACAUCAGACUACAUGUAACCUAGUAGUACUUGGCUCCCCAGGUACCAACAUCAGACUACAUGUAACCUAGUAGUACUUGGCUCCCCAGGUACCAACAUCAGACUACAUGUAACCUAGUAGUACUUGGCUCCCCAGGUACCAACAUCAGACUACAUGGAACCUAGUAGUACUUGGCUCCCGAGGUACCGACAUCAGACUACAUGGAACCUAGUAGUACUUGGCUCCCCAGGUACCGACAUCAGACUACAUGUAACCUAGUAGUACUUGGCUCCCCAGGUACCAACAUCAGACUACAUGUAACCUAGUAGUUCUUGGCUCCCCAGGUACCAACAUCAGACUACAUGGAACCUAGUAGAACUCAUUCAAAACCAGCUUUUAUUUAACAAGUAUAUUUCUGUAACAUGACACAGUUUGAACAGUAACACUGUGUUGGAAUAUUGAAGUGAUUCUUUGGCCUACCACCAGAUGGAGCCCACCUUUGAGAAUCACUAAGUCUCCUGACUAGAAUUGUUCCAGGACCAGGGCACAGGAAGUUGUAUGUGUGUGUUGAGAUGUGCAAGUGAUGACCCGCCAGAACUUUCCGCUUCCUCAGCUAUUUCUUCUUCUUCUUCUUCUUCUUCUUCUUGUGUUCUGACCCGCAUGAUUGUUGGCUGGCUUCUGUUUUCAAAUUAAACUUUCAAAUGUCUUCAGUUUGCUUUUCUUUUGGUGAAUCCCGGGUGUCAAUAAAUGUUCAUUUGGACUUGCUGGAACAAUCCAAGUAUUUGGACCUGACUUGUAGUUUCCUUAGAAGGUUCUCCAAGUCCACAAACUGCACUUUUUGAGGUUCAUGUCUUGGGA